AUGCCGUAUGGUUCUAUUGUCUUGAUAAUCGUGCAAUGUUCCAAUGCCGAUAUUCCGCAUAUGAGAUUUUUUGAACUCGGCCAAAUUUUCCAAGAUUUUGGAUGCUUAUCGACUAACAUCAUAUGUGGCAGGAAUAUGGCAUUUUAUACAAUUGAGGAAGAAAACACCUCCAAUUCUAUUAAAUGCUGGCAACGUUGUUCUUGUUUGGAUAAAAAAUAUGUAGAAAUUAGUGGAAAAUGUAUUGAAAAGCCAUUUAUGGAUACGAAUGAAAUUUUGCAGAGGAAAAAAAUGGAGAAUGCGUCAUUAAAUAUAAUUCAACAUGUGCUAAAAAUCGAAGAAAGGUUUAAUUUUUUUUAUUUCCAAAUGAAAAUUCGGUCAUGUAAAGUCCGAAAUCCGGAAGGUGCUGGUGUAGAAGCUAUCGCGAGGAAAGAAAUAGAAAAGAGAUGCUUACGAAUGGGAACGUGCAGCCUGAACAAAAUAUUUUAUGAGAUAGGAUGCAUAAAAGAAGGACAUUCCUGUGGACGAAAUAUGGAGCUGGUUAUUAUUGACAAAAGGCUUUCUUUUACGAGCAAACGUUGGAAAUGCGUUAUGCAAUGUCAAUGUAGGCAUGAAUAUAUUGAAUCAAACGGUCGAUGCACCAAAAUAACCAAAAAUUUGCAUGAAAAAAUCAUUUGCUUGCGAGGAGGAUGCACUCUUAAUCAAAUAGUUCAAGAUAUAAGUUGUUCACUGAAUGGUCGCUUCUGUGGACGCAACAUGACGUUUGUUCUAAUUAAAGGAUCCAAGCACCGCCAUCAUCAUAUUUGCAUUGUGCAGUACAAAUGCGUAGAGGGCUAUGAUGAAGAAAAUGGCCAAUGUAUUAAAGAAAACGAAAAGAGAAGAACAAAGAAUAUUUGCUUGGAAAACGGCUGUGAAGUUGGAAUGACAAUUCAUGAUGAAGGAUGCCAUUUGACUGGAGAGAAAUGUGGAAACAAUAUGAUAUUCAAGGUGGUCAAUAGUACAGUUCGUAAUGAAACAUAUUCGAUUUAUUGCACACAGCGAUGCAGUUGCAUAAAUUCUGACUUCAUAUAUUCUGAAAGAAAUUCUGGCUGCGAAGAAAAAGGUAUCGGUGAUUUAUCGAGUACCACUUCGCAUGACACCAUUACUACAGGAAUGCACGAUUUUGAAAAUAAUUUCCAGUCGCAUACAAAAAAGGGCUACAAUCUUGGUGAAGAAAUUUCUGAUCUCGGUUGUCGUUUAAGAAAUCAUGAAUGUGGAAUUAAUAGAAAAUUCAUUGUUGUUGAAGAAUUUUCUGCCGAACACGAUUCGAUUAUUAAAGGAUGUAUCGUACGCUGUAGUUGUACCGUGGAGUGA